AUGCAUGCACAAGCACACUCCUCGUACACUGUCUCGACGUUCUCGGGCGAGCCGGCAUGGCCUCAUCUCAACUGUUCGCUCAUGUUAGGUGCAGAAACCAAUGGAAGUCGGAAGAAAGGCACAGCCAACGGGCGGAACAAACAGUUGACUGCAUCUAAGCCUCAAGCCAAUUCGUCAACAGCCGGGUCAUCGCUUUCACUACUAGGCUCUUGCCAUCACACACGGUGCGGGACAUCAUCGGCGGACCCUGGUUUGGCCCUGCGACGCCUAAGCGACCUCCCAGAACAACGUCACCGCCUGGCCAACUCAGCCGCCAUCAUCGAACAAAAACUUCGCCUCUGCCAGCCUGUCGACACCUCUCCUCCAUCCGCCGCCCUAAAUACACACGCAUCUCCACUCUCUACACUUUCACUCUCAGACCUGCUUUCCUUAGAUUCCUCAGACCUACGCAUAAACGCCUACGCACCUGCAGAACAACCAUUGUCCCGCUCAGCAGUCAUCGCAUCUCCGCUCAGCAGUCAUCGCAUCUCGGCGCAUGACUACAACCUGGCUCCGCCACGUACUUUGACCCGGUCAUCGUAG